ACUGGGCAUUAAAGUCUCCGACGUCGAACAGUUCGCGUGCGCGCGCUCUCCUCCGUACAAUACGUAUACGCGAGUACAUGUCCCGCGAUCGUAUGCAUCGUAAGCAUGCUGUAAUAUUAAUAUUGAUAUUUAUGCAACACAAAUCGAACGCGACGCAAUUCAAAAUUCUGCGACAGUGCGUUUCGCCGGGCCGGUCUAAAAAUAGUUCCGGACCGCCGUGCUUUACGACCUUAACGUUGCAACGCGUAUAAAAUACAUUACUAAUAUUCAUAUAAAAUAUCUGCAACUACAGUGGUAAACCGUAUAUUAUAAUUUGCAAGCGUCGUGAUCUCAGACAAUACGCGUUGUCGUGCCGAUAAUAUUUGGAUUCGUCUCGAUCGAUCGAUGUCCGUUGUCGGUGGGUAACUGCGUCGCGGUGGCGCGCGAAUUCCUUGAGCCCUCGGCGGGCGCGGAAAGCUCGGGUGAGUGACGAUAACGCAACGCGAACAGCCGACCGCGGCUGGCGGUAUACGGGACGGCCCCGGGGGCAUGCCGCCGGUAUCGUAGGGCUCCACCGGCCCAUUAUGCGCACAGUCCGGACGGGUAUCAUCAUCAAGGCGUUGUUUUGGAACAUUUUGUUGGCCGUCAACUUCAGGGUAUUGGCAAGCGCUUUUGGUGCCCAAGUGAUUUGCAACAAGAUAGUCGGACUGACGGCUGGUCAACGGAGGAUUUGCGCCGCUGCGCCUGACGCAAUGGCCGCCGUCGGUCACGGCAUACGUAUGGCUAAACAAGAAUGCCAACAACAGUUUAGCACACAUCGGUGGAACUGUACGGGACCGUCAAAAGGCAACCCGUUUGGACAUUUACAAAUCACUGCUAGUCGAGAAGCGGCGUACAUGUACGCUGUGAUCAGUGCCGGCGUGACGUACGCAUUGAUGGACGCGUGCAGCAGGGGCAACAUAUCCAUUUGCGGAUGCGACGCGCACUACCCUAGUGCCCUGGAAGACGGACCGGCGGCGGCCGCUUGGAAAUGGGGAGGGUGCAGUGUGGACUUGGGCUUCGGCAUGGGGUUCGCCCGAAAGUUCCUGGACGCCCAGGAAUCUGACGCUGGCGACUCCCGGAGUCUGAUGAACUUGCACAACAACAAGGCCGGCAGAAAGAUUGUCAAGAUGCUAUUGAACACUGACUGUAAGUGUCACGGGGUGUCAGGGAGUUGUACGAUGAAGACGUGCUGGCACAGUUUGCCACACUUCCGGGAAGUCGGCAAGGCUCUAAUGCGAAAGUACCGGAAGGCGCGCAGUGUCCAGGCCGCGGGGGCUGCGGCUGCUGUCGUCGGUGGUAAUCCACAGAGGGCUUCUGGUAAACGGUCGUCAAGACGACUGAGGCUCAGGCUCAGGUCGGCCAGGUCAGCGGCGGCGGGGUCGGCGGACGAGGAGGAGCCAAAAAUCACCGAGCUUGUCUACCUGGAACAGUCACCUAACUACUGCGACCGGGACUUUGGCACCGGGUCGUUGGGCACGUACGGCCGUUCCUGUAACCGGACUUCUGAGGGCAUGGACGGCUGUGACCUGUUGUGUUGUGGACGAGGGUACAACACUCACCAGUUCACCAGGACCAAACAGUGCCGGUGCACAUUCUAUUGGUGCUGUUACGUCAAGUGCGACACGUGCGUGGAACGGACCGAAGAAUACAGUUGUAAAUGACGUGCUCAUAUAUUAUUACGUAAAUUAUAUAAUAUAACUUGUACUCGUUACGUUGUUUAUAAGCUUAUUAUAUUUUUUAGUAUUUUACGAGUGUACCUAUAUAAUUAUUUAUAUGAUAUU